AUGAUCACUAGGCUCACCAACUCAUUCAAGCCACUCUUGAAAGCAACAUCUACUACGUUGGCUUCUUCCACAGCUUCAGUUGGCAGUAACGGCAGCAGAAUCAGUCCAUCAUUGACCAUGUACCACAACAACACAUCCAUCUUGUCACAUAACCUACUCAAACAACUAACUUCAUACAGUAUACUUCCUUGUACUCAGGAUAAGAUAUACCAACAGGGUGGACAUGGUGGCAGUAACAAAACUGGAAAAGGAAUCAAAUCUUUUAACUCAAAGGGUAGUGGUGGUAAUAAAUUGUCUGAAGCAAACCAGAAGUUUUAUCUUGAUGUGAAGGAAAACAUGGGAUUGACUAGAGAUGACCACAAGUUUAUUAUUGAACAGUGUUUGGAUAUCCAUCCCGAUAACACUAGGGUCAUUAUUCAAUCAGUGUCAAAUGUUGAUUUCAAGAAGUUGUCUAAACAAGACAAGUUUGAUAUAGUUGAGCAAUUGCAAGAUUAUGACAAGUUUCUUUCUACGUUGACCAACAAUCAGGAUGUUGAAGCGUCAUCACAAGGGGUAUUGCGGGCAAUGCCAUUGAUUAUUGAUUACAAGCACAAGUUGUUGGCAAAUGAUGACGUUUCUUUUAAUCGCAUCAUGGCCAAUUAUCUAAGCUGUGGUAUUCAAAGUGUUGCAAGAAGUGGUAAUAAUUUGUCGCUGAAUGUUGGUGAUGGCGAGCGUAAUGUUAGCAGCUACACUAGUAGAGGCUCGCCUGGGGUUGUUGCUUGA